AUGCAAGCACCUCAGUUAAGCCCCUCAAUCACUCUUGAUGGCUUUCGAGACUGCCACUCCCGCUGGCUCGCUAUAACGCACCGCGCUCCUGCUUCGCAUUUUUCUUUUGUCUACGGUGUGGUAUCCACGAAGAUAUACUGCCGCCCCACCUGCGCGGCUCGUCCUGCCCGGAGAGCGAAUGUUGUAUUCUAUGACACAAAAUUCGAAGCUCAGCGUGACGGGUUCCGCCCCUGCAAGAGGUGUAAACCGGAUAACGCUCUAUUCUUUGGAGACAAAGAAGAAGUUGUUUUAAAGACACUAGCACUUCUACGGACACAGCAUGGUGGAUCUGUGAUGAAACGAGGCUUGAAGGAGUUGGCAAAAGAAGUGGGGGUUACGCCGAGCUAUCUUUGUCGCGUGUUCAAGAAGACUCUGGGAAUCACGAUAAAAGUGUAUAUGAUGGAGUUCGAGAGGAGGCCUGGUGAUGCUGAAAUACAAAGAUUCUCUCACUCACCGAACAACGUCGGGUCGGUUGUGCAGGACGCCGGGGAAGGUCCUCUUACGCCAGCAUCAACAGCAAGAAGCCCUCCGGUUCCCAUUGGGGAUUGGAGGAAUCAGUUGGCAGAAGGAUACGUUGGAAAUUUGGAGGUAGAUUCGGCGUCCAAUUUCAACCUCGAUGAAUGGUUCUUGACUGAAGAGUUCAUGGAUCUAGCAUCUUCCUAUGGGGACCCUCAAGUGAACCACGAUGACAUAAGCCAAGAACAUGCUUCAAUAUGA